AUAGAGUCUGAUGUCCAAGCUUCUGGAUUUGAGCAUGGUGAAACAAAUAGAGAGAAAAUCCAGCCUUUUGGUCAAGCAGUGGAUGCCGAAAUAUUGACUGAUGUUUCUGGCAAGGUGGCUAUUGGUGUUCAAUUUACUGAAGGAGGUGAUCAAGAAGCUGUGGACGAUUUAAAGCAAACAUCACCAAGGUUGGACGUUCUCAAGACAAGGGAAAGAAGUUCGUCCCCUGCUGCUGAUUCUAGGGGUGGAAGCAAAAGAUUAGCAAUGAGAUGUGAGUUUUUUUCCAGGGGUUGGUGCAUCAAAGGGAACUCUUGUAGAUUUCUUCACAUAAAGGACCAUGUAACGAGCCAUGAUAAGGAUGUCAUUCUAGACGAGGCUAUGAUAAAAGGCAAACUUGCAAAUGGCAAAGGUUUGGAAGAGAAUGGCAAGAGAUCAGUGCUGGAUGGUUCUUCUGAUUCAGUACCAUCAGCAGUUCAAUCUGGAGAAAAUAUAAAAUUGAGAAGUGACGAGGAAUUGCAUAUGCGUAUGGAUGGUCCUUCGUCCAUCCCAGAGGUUGGAAGAGAGUCUCUUGGAUGUAAACCAUACUUGGCUGGUUAUAGCACCUCUUCUUCUCCAUUACUCAAAGAUGGUUCUGUACAUAAAAAUAGCCUCCAUGGUGGAAAGCGUAGCUCAGUCCUGUUAUCUGAUAGUCACCAAAAUACUGUAGUUUCCUCUUACACCUCAGGUUUGGAUAAUGUGAAAUAUAAGAGGAGCCGGUCUGUGCACGACAAUCAUGGUUUGCAAGUCUUGAAUGACUCUGUAGAUAGGUUGUCUCAUCGUUGUUCGUCUUCGCGGAACAUAGAUGCCCUUGAUGAUCAGAAGCUUUUGGAUAGUAGCCAAGAAUAUUCUUCUUCUAAAUCCACCUCUUUGCAGCAGAAGUCUUCGGCAUUUCCUAGUUCUGAAGCUGAACUUUCGCGGGUUGAUUUAUCACGGGACGCACGGCGAUCAUCUGAUUAUAAAACUAAGGUUUCUUCUGACAAUUGGGAGCCAUCUGUUCCUUUUCGACCAUCAUUCUUUCUUAGUCAAAUCAUUGGAUGUCCUGAAAGUCUAUAUGAUCCUCUUCGUGAUAGUAUUGAGCAAAGUAAUGUAGGAGAUGGGCCCUCAAAGUUCUCUUCCUCUGGAAAAGGAGGGCCUGUAUUCACCAAAUGUACGCAGGAAAAUGAUGAUCCAGUUUCACCAGGAACCUUGGGUCCAGAACAGAGCUCCAAUAAACAUCCAAUUUCUGGUCAUGUCUACCAUAGGGAUAUAUUGCCUGACAACUUGUCUGAGAAAGAAUUGUCUAAUAAUGAAGCAGAUACAGCAGAUACGGCAGUUGCUCAUCAGGAACAC